AUGAGAAAUGUAGUAUACAUCAUCUGUUCCUUCAUAGUACUUCUACUUAUUUGGCAUAACUAUGAAUGGUGUCCUACCCCAAACAUCCUUGAAUACAAAGAAGUCCUCGCUGAAGAAAGUACUCAUAGGAACUGUAGCUUACCUUCCUGCUUCGAUCUUCAACGUUGUAUAUUGAACUAUGAUAAUCUCAAUGUGUUCAUUGAGCCUCUGACUGAAGUUGAACGAGAGGGUGUAGUUAUCUCUCCUACUCCCUCUCGAGAGUUUUUGGAAAUCAGAGAAGCUCUCGCUUCUUAUCAGGUGCAACGAUUGGAGGAUGCUUGCUUUGUUGUACCCGGAGUUGACUUCCUGAACUUAAAUAGGUUUUCCACCGUAGUCUGGAACAAUGUGAUGUCAUUGUAUAGGCAAAAAUAUCAAAAUGCUGUUAUUUUCAACUUCCUAGGAUUAUCGGAACCAGUGCAACCUCUGAUUGCCGGCUCUUUAUUGCCCAAGUCCUUAUAUAGACCCCAGUUUGAUAUAUCAAUUCCGUUCCUAUUACCAUCAGGAUUGAGCUCUCAAAGCAAUUAUUAUAGGAAAAUUAAUUUAUUGAUACCGACAAGUGCUAAUCAGUACGAGCCACUCCAAUUUGAUUCAAUUCAGAAUGCCCAAGCCAUAUUCUCAUGCUCCCCUCCGUCUCUGCUAACAGUCUGCAAUCAUAAAGAUCAAUUACAAAGGGAAAAUCUCAUAGAGCAUGUAGAGCAAAGUGUGUUCGUUUUGAUAUCCGAGAGCUUCCCGUACCUGGAAGCUCUUCUCUCAAUAUCAUUGAGCUCAGGAACAAUUCCGAUCAUUCAUUUGCCUCAACAUGUACUUCCAUUCACUGAACUGAUUGAUUGGCAGAAGAUAGCGUUACUGCCAAUGACUCUGAGCAGUUUGAGCAAAAUGAUAAACAGCUUGGAUAAAAAGGAGAUAGAGGACAUGAGCAAUCUGGGAAGGACCAUCUACAGGACUCACUUCUCUUCAGCUAAAAUAAUUGCUCAACAGACGUUCAAUGUUUUCGAAAAGAGGAUAUUACCAACUAAAUAUAUUUCGAAAACAAAGCAAAUCCAACCUAUGCUUCCCCAUGUUUCACCGUCCAAUUCAACACAGCUCAUCUUUCUGGCUUCGAAUCUAGAUGAUAGUAGAACGUUGAACAAUCUCUGCGCUCUUACCGACUUAAAAUCUGUUUACUUCAUAUGGUUAUCGACGGAUUUUCCUCCUGACGCGUCGAGCUUUAACUGCAAAUCUCCUGUCGAAGUACUUCUCGGACUUCAAUCAUGGAGUCAGUUCCGGGAUGCUCUUCUACAAUUCUCAUCAGCUUCUAUCAUGCUUUCAAGAGGCAAAUCCUGUGAUUUAAAGAUAUCUUCGCUGAGUAUGAGUUUUCAAACUUGGAGAGAGAAUCCUGAAGUCGUUGUUGAGCUGAGAACAGAUGAGACCUGCGAUCCUAUAACUUUUAUGCACAAAUUCUAUGGGUUGAAACUAACAGAACUUGACUUCGAUAUGAAAAGCAAUUUCAAUAGUGUUUUGACUGGUUUGAAACGUCUCGAAUUGUAUGAAAAGCAAGUGAAGGGCGUUGUUAAUUCAGGUUCUGCUCUCGUUCUUAUCUGA